AUGGUUGCCGAAGCUAAUAUCCCUCUCGUACCAGUUGUUAUUUUUUAUUUAUGCUGCGCUAUUGUCAGCUGUAUCGGAAACUCAAUAAUGAUAAUCUUGUUCAUAAAAGAACGAAACUUCCAUUCCCCAUGUCAUUACAUGAUCACAUUUGGCUGCUUAGCUGACAUGCUACAUCUCUGCGGACACUUUGUUUUUAAUUACCACAUCUUUGCAGACGUAACGGAUACACAAGCUAAUUGCUAUUGGAUGUUAUUUUUCACGAGUAUCGGGAAGUGUAUGGCCAAUCCGUUGAGACUUAUGACUGGUAUAGACAGGUUUAUUGCUUGCAAGUCACCCGUUGUAUAUCGUGCGCUACUAGAACGUCCAGCUCUCUACAUAUGCGCCCAACUGGUGCUCCCAGCAACGUACACGUCUUUUCUCAUGGUUUCCGGUUUCAUUCAAAGAGAUCCCAUAUCGUACUCUAAUCCUUCCAAAUUCAAGUACCAAUCUUCCAUUUUCAGAAAAAUUUACUGUACCGUCCCUCUUGCUUUCGCUGGAUCCACAUUUUCCCAAUUCAACACCAGUGGAAUCUUUGUUAACGUUGCAAUAGUUAUCGUCUAUUUUUUUACAUUUCUGCAACUUCGAAGCUAUGCAGGAGCCACCCAAAUGAAAGUGGUUUUUCGUUCUAUUCUUUGGACAGUUGUUCUUGUUAUAAUCGGAUGGAGUAGUGUUACAAUUGCUAAUCAAUUCGCCAUAUUUGUCGCCAAAGAUGCUACAACCCGAAAGCUCAUUGCUAUUUACGCUGGAAUCGGUGUAAAUAUGGCAUGUGCAAGCAAUUUCUUUGUGUUUUAUGCGAUAAAUACGGAAUACCGACAUGCAAUUCGUCGGUUGUUCGGAUUAGCGAGCCCUCAAUCAGCAAGAGCAAUGAGUAUCGGACCAAAGAGCACAACGAAAGUUGGAGCCACGAUUACAUUGACAUAA